AUGACACAUGAAAAGUCGGUUGCUAUCAUUGGAGCUGGAAUCUUUGGUCUUUCUUUGGCCAAUGCACUGCGAGACAGGAAUUAUGAGGUGUCUGUCUUCGACCGGAGCCAGUACGACGAAAAUGGAUAUGACCCUACAGCCGAUGAUGUGCAGGCUGCAUCCGCAGAUCAUAACAAGAUAUUUCGCGCAUCAUACGGCAAUGAAAUUCACUACCAACGCCUCGCGUUGGAGAGCCGCAAAGCGUGGGUGUUGGAAGAUGAGAACCGGGGAUUCUCCAGCGGCAAUAUAGAUGAAAAGCGGCUGUUUGUCAACAGUGGAAUGCUUCGAGUCCAGCCAACCGAUCACCUAGCCACUCUGGAAAAAGAGACAUUGGCAAAUAUGCAGCGUGACGGGAUCAGAGAUACACAGUUUGUCGAGAGUGACACGGCAGACUGCGAACGCGCUGAGAGAUUGGGGUGGAAACACAAAUUGCUUCAUUUCAAAAUCCCAGACUCCCCCGAAAAGAGCUAUGAAGCAGUGCUGGACACCCUGGCUGGAUUUUUGCGGUGCAGUAACGCUUGCGAUCACUACCGUGAAGUGGCUGUUACCAAGGGAGUCAAGUUUCAUCUGGGCGCAGAAGCUGGAGCUGUUGAGUCGUUGGUCAAAGUUGCUAGUAGUGUCGAGGCAAACAAACAGAAAGUUUCAGGCCUGAAAACCAAGGAUGGAGCAAUCCAUAACGCUGAUAUUGUUGUUGUGGCUGCUGGAUCAUUCUCAACGCAAAUACUUCCCGACUUGAGCUAUCAUCUUGAGUCCUCCGCGGGGAGUCUUGCAACCUUCAAGAUAGACAAAAGUGACACCGAACUGUGGGAGAAAUACUCUCCAGAGCGUUUUCCUGUCAUGACCUGGAAGAGCACCCCACGCGAUACCUCAGGCAAAGAUACUGGGAGCAUCUAUGUUUUACCGAGAACUCCAGAAGGUCUUGUGAAGAUUGGAUACCGUGGAAUCAAGUGGACCAACUUUCAGCCUGCUCCCCAAGGGGCACCUUUCGCCCAAAAUGGCCAAUGGUCAGUGCCUCUUCCAUUGAAGGAAUCCUCGAUCCUUCCAGAGCCGGCGUUGCAUGCUGUCAAGCAAUUUGUCUCGAUCUUCAUGCCCGACUUUGAAAACACUCCUUUCCAUUCUACCAAACUUUGCUGGUAUACUGAUUCCUUGGACAAUUCAUUCGUGAUUGACCAUGUACCAAUUUAUGCCGAGGACUCUGUGUUUGUCUGCACCGGAGGCAGUGGUCAUGGCGCAAAGUUUUUACCAAUUUUGGGACAACAUGCAGCAGAUAUUCUUGAGAAAGGCGACAAAAGUACGUCUUUCAUGCGCCCUUUCUGGCGUUGGCGUCCCGAUGCACCCCGAAGGAACGGCUUGGAAGAAGGCCCUGGUGGACCGCGAGACAUUUCGCACGCCUAA